GUCGCGCUUGCUGCCUUCUCCCUUGAAGAGAGACGCGGGGGGAGGGGGGUGCGGCGAGCGGCUCCUCUCUCUCCCCACCGCUCCGCUCGCGCCCCAGUGUAAUGAGGGUCACCCCCUCCCCCCAGCUGGCCCGGGAGGGGGCGCGGGGCACGGUUGAUGCCGGCCCAGGAUGGAUCAGACUUGUGAACUACCUAGAAGAAAUUGUCUGCGGCCCUUUUCCAAUCCAGUGAAUUUAGAUGCGCCUGAAGACAAGGACAGCCCUUUCGGUAAUGGUCAAUCCAAUUUUUCUGAGCCACUUAAUGGGUGUACUAUGCAGUUAUCGACUGCCAGUGGAACAUCCCAAAAUGCUUAUGGACAAGAUUCUCCAUCUUGUUACAUUCCACUGCGGAGACUACAGGAUUUGGCCUCCAUGAUCAAUGUAGAGUAUUUAAAUGGGUCUGCUGAUGGAUCAGAAUCCUUUCAAGACCCUGAAAAAAGUGAUUCAAGAGCUCAGUCGCCAAUUGUUUGCACUUCCUUGAGUCCUGGUGGUCCUACAGCACUUGCUAUGAAACAGGAACCCUCUUGUAAUAACUCCCCUGAACUCCAGGUAAAAAUAACAAAGACCGUCAAGAAUGGCUUUCUGCACUUUGAGAAUUUUACUUGUGUGGACGAUACAGAUGUAGAUUCUGAAAUGGACCCAGAACAGCCAGUCACAGAGGAUGAGAGUAUAGAGGAGAUCUAUGAGGAAACUCAGACCAAUGCCACCUGCAAUUAUGAGCCUAAAUCAGAGAAUGAUGUAAAAAUGGCCAUGGGAAGUGAACAAGACAGCACACCAGAGAGUAGACACGGUGCAGUCAAAUCGCCAUUCUUGCCAUUAGCUUCUCAAAAUGAAACACAGAAAAAUAAGCAAAGAAAUGAAGUGGACGGCAGCAAUGAAAAAGCAGCCCUUCUCCCAACCCCUUUUUCACUAGGAGAUACAAACAUUACCAUAGAAGAGCAAUUAAACUCAAUAAAUUUAUCUUUUCAGGAUGAUCCAGACUCCAGUACCAGUACAUUAGGAAACAUGCUAGAAUUACCUGGAACUUCAUCAUCAUCUACUUCACAGGAAUUGCCAUUUUGUCAACCCAAGAAAAAGUCUACGCCACUAAAGUAUGAAGUUGGAGAUCUCAUCUGGGCAAAAUUCAAGAGACGCCCAUGGUGGCCCUGCAGGAUUUGUUCUGAUCCACUGAUUAACACACACUCAAAAAUGAAAGUUUCCAACCGGAGACCCUAUCGGCAGUACUACGUGGAGGCUUUCGGAGACCCUUCUGAGAGAGCCUGGGUGGCUGGAAAAGCAAUUGUCAUGUUUGAAGGCAGACAUCAAUUUGAAGAACUACCUGUCCUUAGGAGAAGAGGAAAACAGAAGGAAAAAGGAUAUAGGCAUAAGGUUCCUCAGAAAAUUUUGAGUAAAUGGGAAGCCAGUGUUGGUCUUGCUGAACAAUAUGAUGUUCCCAAAGGGUCAAAAAAUCGAAAAUGUGUUACCAGUUCAAUCAAGUUGGACAGUGAGGAAGAUAUGCCAUUUGAGGACUGUACAAAUGAUCCUGAAUCAGAACAUGACAUAUUGCUUAAUGGCUGCUUGAAAUCUCUGGCUUUUGAUUCUGAACAUUCUGCAGAUGAGAAGGAAAAACCUUGUGCUAAGUCUCGAGCCAGAAAGAGCUCUGAUAAUCCAAAAAGGACUAGUGUGAAAAAGGGCCUCAUGCAAUUUGAAGCACAUAAGGAAGAACGGGGGGGAAAGAUUUCAGAGAACCUUGGCUUAAACUUUAUCUCUGGGGAUGUAUCUGAUAAGCAGGCCUCUAAUGAACUUUCCAGGAUAGCGAACAGCCUCACAGGGUCCAGCACUGCCCCAGGAGGUUUUCUGUUUUCUUCUUGUGGAAAAAACACUGCAAAGAAAGAAUUUGAGACUUCAAAUUGUGACUCUUUACUGGGCUUGCCUGAGGGUGCCUUGAUCUCGAAACAUUCUGGGGAGAAGAAGAAACCCCAACAAGGCCUGGUGUGUAGUUCCAAAGUGCAGCUCUGCUAUAUUGGAGCAGGUGAUGAGGAAAAGCGAAGUGAUUCCAUUAGUAUCUGUACCAGUUCUGAUGAUGGAAGCAGUGAUUUGGAUCCCAUAGAACACAGCUCAGAGUCUGGUAACGGUGUCCUUAAAAUUAGAGAUGGCUUUGAUAGAAAAGAAAACAUGUCAUCUAUGCAGAAAAAUGAAAAGAUAAAGUAUUCUAGGUAUCCUGCCACAAACUCUAGGGUAAAAACAAAACAAAAGUCUCUCAUUGCUAAUUCACAUGCAGACCACUUAGUGGAUUGUGCUAAGACAGCACAACCCAGAACUGAGACAUCUCCGCUUAAUCUCUCUGAGCUUACAGUGUCUACUCUUGUCCAUAAACCCCAGUCGGAUUUCAGAAAUGAUGGUCUCUCUCCAAAAUUCAAUAUGUCAUCAAGCAUUUCCAGUGAGAACUCACUAAUAAAAGGUGGAACAACAAAUCAAGCUCUAUUACAUUUGAAAAGCAAACAGCCCAAGUUUCGAAGUAUGAAGUACAAACAUAAAGAAAACCCAGUUAUAGUAGAACCCCCGGUUACAAAUGAGGCCUGCAGUUUGAAAUGCUGCUCUUCUGAUACGAAAGGCUCUCCUUUGGCCAGCAUUUCUAAAAGUGGAAAAGUAGAUGGGUUAAAACUACUGAACAACAUGCACGAGAAAACCAGGGAUUCAAGUGACAUAGAAACAGCGGUGGUGAAACAUGUUUUGUCAGAGUUAAAGGAACUCUCUUACAGAUCCUUAGGUGAAGAUGUCAGUGACUCUGGAACAUCAAAGCCACCAAAACCAUUACUUUUCUCUUCUGCUUCUAGUCAGAACCAUUUACCUAUAGAACCAGACUACAAAUUCAGUACCUUGCUAAUGAUGUUGAAAGAUAUGCAUGAUAGUAAGACCAAGGAACAACGGUUGAUGACGGCUCCCAACUUGGUCUCUUAUCGGAGUCCUAGUCGUGGGGACUGUUCUACCAGUAGUCCUGCAGGGGUUUCUAAAGUUUUGGUUUCAGGAGGCUCCACCCACAAUUCAGAAAAAAAUGGAGAUGGCACUCAGGACUCAGCCAAUCCUAGCCCUAGUAGGGGUGACUGUGCACUGUCUGGGGACUUGUCUGCAUCCCUACCUGGCUUCGUGUCUGACAGAAGAGAUCUUCCCGCUUCUGGGAAAAGUCGUUCAAACUGUGUUACUAGGCGCAACUGUGGACGAUCAAAGCCAUCAUCCAAAUUGCGAGAUGCUUUUUCAGCUCAAAUCGGAAAGAAUACAGUGAACCGAAAAGCCUUAAAGACAGAGCGCAAAAGAAAACUGAACCAGCUUUCAGCUGUGCCUCUGGAGCCUGCACUGCAGGGAGACAGAGAAAGUGGAGGUUCAUUGAGAGGAGGUACAGAAGACCCUGGUAAAGAGGAGCCCCUUCAGUUAAUGGGCCAUUUAACAAGUGAAGGUGCUGCUGAUCUUUCUGACGUUCAUUUCCAUAACAAGGUUAAACAGCCUGACCCUGACACAAUUCCCAAGAAAGGCCCUGGUUUUGAAAACAGAAAAGGCCAAGAGCUGGACUCUGAAAUGAACAGUGAAAAUGAUGAACACAAUGGUGUAAAUCAAGCGGUGCCUAAAAAGCGGUGGCAGCGUUUAAACCAAAGGCGUGCUAAACCUCGUAAGCGCACUAACAGAUUUAGGGAGAAAGAAAACUCUAAGAGUGCCUUUGGGGUCUUGCUUCCUAGUGACCCUGUACAGGAGAGGCGGGAUGAAUUUCUAGAGCAUAGAACUCCUCCUUCAACAAAUGUACCAGAGGAUGCACAAACAGAUCUGAAUCAUGCUGGCCACUUAGAUUCAGUUGGGUCACAGUUGAGUAUUUGUGAUAAAUCCAGUACCAGCCUUGGGGACAUGGAAAAGGAGCCAGGAAUUCCCAGUUUAACACCACAGGCUGAGCUUCCCGAACCAGCUGUGCGGUCAGAGAAGAAACGCCUUAGGAAGCCAAGCAAGUGGCUUCUAGAAUAUACAGAAGAAUAUGAUCAGAUAUUUGCUCCUAAGAAAAAACAAAAGAAGGUACAGGAGCAGGUGCACAAGGUAUAUUCCAACAUUUCAACAAUCUUUCUCUGCACAAAAAUGAAGUUUAUUGAAGAGAGAAAGAGGAUUAUAGAGCAAGGAAAUUAUGAAAGUAAGCGUCAAAGAAAACCAACUAAGAAACUUCUUGAAUCCAACGAUUUAGAUCCUGGAUUUAUGCCCAAGAAGGGUGACCUUGGCCUUUCUAAAAAGUGUUAUGAAGCUGGUCACUUGGAGAAUGGCAUUACUGAAUCUUGUGCUACAUCUCAUUUGAAAGAGUUUGGUGGAGGCACUACCAAGAUAUAUGAUAAACCAAGGAAGCGAAAACGUCAGAGACAUAUUACAGCCAAGGUGCAGUGUAAAAAAGUGAAAAAUGACGACUCAUCAAAAGAGACUCCAAGCUCAGAGGGAGAACUAAUGACACACAGGACGACUGGAAGCCCCAAGGAGACUGUUGAGGAGGGUGUAGAACAAGACCCUGGGAUGCCUGCCUCUAAAAAAAUGCAGGGUGAACGCGGUGGAGGAGCUGCACUCAAGGAGAAUGUUUGCCAGAACUGUGAGAAAGUGGGUGAGCUGCUGUUAUGUGAGGCUCAGUGCUGUGGGGCUUUCCACCUGGAGUGCCUUGGAUUAACUGAGAUGCCAAGAGGAAAAUUUAUCUGCAAUGAAUGUCGCACAGGAAUCCAUACCUGUUUUGUAUGUAAACAGAGUGGGGAAGAUGUCAAAAGGUGCCUUCUGCCCUUGUGUGGAAAGUUUUACCAUGAAGAGUGUGUCCAGAAGUACCCACCCACUGUCAUGCAAAACAAGGGCUUCCGGUGCUCCCUCCACAUCUGUAUAACCUGCCAUGCUGCUAAUCCAGCCAGUGUUUCUGCAUCAAAAGGUCGCCUCAUGCGCUGUGUCCGCUGCCCUGUGGCAUACCACGCCAAUGACUUUUGCCUGGCUGCUGGUUCAAAGAUCCUUGCAUCUAAUAGUAUCAUCUGUCCUAAUCACUUUACCCCUAGGCGGGGUUGCCGAAAUCAUGAGCAUGUUAAUGUUAGCUGGUGUUUUGUGUGCUCAGAAGGAGGCAGCCUUCUGUGCUGUGAUUCUUGCCCUGCUGCUUUUCAUCGUGAAUGUCUGAACAUUGAUAUUCCUGAAGGAAAUUGGUAUUGCAAUGAUUGUAAGGCAGGCAAAAAGCCGCACUACAGGGAGAUUGUCUGGGUAAAAGUUGGACGAUACAGGUGGUGGCCAGCUGAGAUUUGCCAUCCUCGAGCUGUUCCUUCCAACAUCGAUAAGAUGAGACAUGAUGUGGGCGAGUUCCCUGUCCUCUUCUUUGGAUCUAAUGACUAUCUGUGGACUCACCAGGCCCGAGUCUUCCCUUACAUGGAGGGGGAUGUGAGCAGCAAGGAUAAGAUGGGCAAAGGAGUAGAUGGGACAUACAAAAAAGCUCUUCAGGAAGCUGCAGCAAGGUUUGAGGAGUUAAAGGCCCAAAAAGAGCUACGACAGCUACAAGAAGACCGAAAGAAUGAUAAGAAGCCACCACCUUAUAAACAUAUCAAGGUGAAUCGUCCUAUUGGCAGGGUACAGAUCUUCACUGCAGACUUGUCUGAAAUUCCCCGUUGCAACUGUAAAGCUACUGAUGAGAACCCCUGUGGGAUAGACUCUGAAUGCAUCAAUCGCAUGCUGCUCUAUGAGUGCCACCCCACAGUGUGUCCUGCUGGAGGGCGCUGUCAAAACCAGUGCUUCUCCAAGCGCCAGUAUCCAGAGGUGGAAAUUUUCCGCACAUUACAGAGGGGCUGGGGUCUACGGACAAAAACAGAUAUUAAAAAGGGUGAAUUUGUGAAUGAGUAUGUGGGCGAGCUAAUAGAUGAAGAAGAAUGCAGAGCUCGAAUCCGUCAUGCCCAAGAACACGAUAUCACUAAUUUCUACAUGCUCACCCUAGACAAGGACCGAAUCAUUGAUGCUGGUCCCAAGGGAAACUAUGCUCGAUUCAUGAAUCAUUGCUGCCAGCCCAACUGUGAAACACAGAAGUGGUCUGUCAAUGGAGAUACCCGUGUUGGCCUUUUUGCCCUGAGUGACAUUAAAGCAGGCACUGAACUUACCUUCAACUACAACCUCGAAUGUCUUGGGAAUGGAAAGACCGUUUGCAAAUGUGGAGCCCCGAACUGCAGUGGCUUCUUGGGUGUUAGGCCAAAGAAUCAACCGAUUGCCACAGAAGAAAAGUCAAAGAAAUUCAAGAAGAAGCAACAGGGGAAGCGCAGGACCCAGGGUGAAAUCACUAAGGAACGAGAGGAUGAGUGUUUUAGCUGCGGGGACGCUGGCCAGCUUGUCUCCUGCAAGAAGCCUGGCUGCCCAAAAGUUUACCACGCAGACUGUCUCAAUCUAACCAAGCGACCAGCAGGGAAAUGGGAGUGUCCUUGGCAUCAGUGUGACAUCUGUGGGAAGGAAGCAGCCUCCUUCUGUGAGAUGUGCCCCAGCUCCUUUUGCAAGCAACAUCGAGAAGGGAUGCUUUUCAUUUCCAAACUGGAUGGGCGUCUGUCUUGUACUGAGCAUGACCCCUGUGGGCCCAACCCUCUGGAACCAGGGGAGAUCCGUGAGUAUGUGCCUCCUCCCGUACCACUGCCUGCAGGCCCAAGCACCCACCCGGCAGAGCAAUCAUCAGGAAUGGCUGCUCAGGGGCCCAAGAUGUCAGAUAAGCCACCUGUUGACACUAACCAGAUGCUGUCACUCUCCAAAAAAGCUCUGGCAGGAACUUGUCAGAGGCCACUGCUACCUGAAAGACCUCUUGAGAGAACUGACUCCAGGCCCCAGCCUUUAGAUAGGGUCAGAGACCUUGCUGGGUCAGGGACCAAACCCCAAUCCUUGAUACCCAGCCAGAGGCCACUGGACAGGCCACCUGCCAUGGCAGGACCAAGACCCCAGCUGUCUGACAAACCCUCUUCAGUGACCGGCCCAAGCUCCUCACCCUCAGUCAUUUCCCAACCACUGGAAAGACCUCUGGGGACAGCUGACCCAAGGCUGGAUAAAUCCAUAGGUGCUGCCAGCUCAAGGCCCCAGUCACUGGAGAAAACCCCAGUCCCCACUGGCCUGAGACUUCCGCCGCCAGACAGACUGCUAAUUCCCAGCAGUCCCAAACCCCAGACUUCAGACAGGCCCCCAGACAAAUCCCAUGCCUCUUUGUCCCAGAGACUCCCACCUCCUGAGAAAGUACUAUCAGCUGUGGUCCAGACGCUGGUAGCAAAAGAAAAAGCACUGAGGCCUGUGGACCAGAAUACUCAGUCAAAGAAUAGAGCUGCUUUGGUGAUGGAUCUCAUAGAUCUAACUCCUCGCCAGAAGGAGCGAGCAUCUUCUCCUCAUGAGGUCAUAGCACAGGCUGAUGAGAAGAUGCCGGUAUUGGAGUCAAGCCCAUGGCCUGCCAACAAAGGUCUGGGACAUAUGCCGAGAGCUGUUGAGAAAGGCAGCAUGUCAGAGUCUCGUCUUCAGCCAUCUGGGAAAACAUCGACCCCUUCAGAGCACCCCUGGCAAGCUGUUAAAUCACUCACCCAGGCCAGACUGCUUUCUCAGCCUCCUGCCAAGGCCUUUUUAUAUGAGCCAGCAACCCAGGCCUCAGGAAGAGCUGCAGGGGCUGAGCAGACCCCAGGGCCUCCUAUCCAACCCUUGGGCCUGGGGAAGCAGGCGAAGCAGGUGGUCGGAGGCCACCAACUACCUGGACUUGCUGCCAAGAGUGGGCAGUCCUAUAGGUCUCUCGGGAAGGCCCCAGUCUCCCUCCCCACUGAAGAGAAGAAGUUGGCAACCACAGAGCAGAGUCCCUGGGCCUUGGGAAAAGCCUCACCAGGGGCAGGGCUCUGGCCCAUGGUGGCUGGACAGACACUGGCACAGUCUUGCUGGUCCGCUGGGAGCACACAGACAUUGGCACAGACUUGCUGGUCUCUUGGAAGAGGGCAAGACCCCAAACCAGAGCAAAAUACACUUCCAGCUCUUAACCAGGCUCCUUCCAGUCACAAGUUCGCAGAGUCAGAACAGAAGUAAUACCAGUAAAUGUCACAUGAACAGACAUGCUGCCCCCAGGGUACCAUUUGGGGAGGGGAAAUCUUUUCUUUCUUUUUCCCCCCUUAAAAAAAACAGAUCUACCCCACACUUUCCCACUGUUAUUCUUUCCUUAUAUCCCAACACUCAGAACUCUUGUGAUAUUAGCCAGUGGGGGUUUGUGGUUGUGUGAACCAUGUAUGAAAAUCCAAGUGGCCCCAGCCAAGGAGACAGACAGACUUGGGUCUCUUUCCCCCAACUUUUUACACAUGAUCAACGUGAAAUAAAAAGUCCACUCUGGA